AUGAAGUUGGCGAUAUUGCCAACCUUCAAUGGAGAAGGAGAUCCACGAGACCAUACUUCCAGAUUCACGGCCACUAUGGGGCUAUUAAGCGUAUCAGACGCAAUUAUGUGCCGAGUGUUCCCAACCACUCUCACAGGUACCGCCCAAAGGUGGUACAACAAGCUAAAACCAGGUUCAAUCAAGAGCUUCGCCUCGCUAUCAACAGAAUUUCUCAACAGAUACCUCACAAACAUACCGGCAAAAACAACCAUAAGCAUCUUGAGGUUGUGCAUUCAGGAUGAAGGAGAAACACUAAGAAGCUACAUCGAGCGGUUCAACAAGCAAGAUAUGAAAACAGAUAAUCUGAAUGUCGACAUGGCGACAGAAGCGUUGCGGGAAGGAACACGAUUCGGCAAGCUAGUGGACAAGUUGCUAGUCAAUAAACCCACGACUUUCUCAAACCUUAUGGGCGUAGCCCAAAAAUAUUUCGAACUAGAUAAGGGCCGAAGGUCGAUUCGCAGUAAAGAAGCAAAGGGAAAAGAGUCGAAAGAAAAAUCUAAGGAAAAGUCGAAGUUGAAAUCAGAAGAUAGAAGAGGAAGGCCAACAGAGAAUAGACGAUUCACCCCCCAAACUAGGUACGAACCAAGGUACGACCCCCGAGACGAUGAAAACAACUUCACACCACUGAACAUCAGCCGAACUAAUGUCCUCAUGUGA